AUGGUAGAAUUCAGCGAAGAGAAGCAAAAGGCUUCUCGCAUUCAAUGGACAGAUGCGGAUGUUGAGGCAGCCGAAGCAAGGCCACGCGCACCUCUUCACCGUUCGAACUCGAACAUCUCAAUCAACAGCGUUCACAGUCGACGCGGUUCUAUCGAUCCAGCUUCAGCACUUCCAAUUCAAUAUCGAACGGUCUCGUAUCAAAUUGCUGAAUCGAAGGAAAAGAGCGCUGCGGAAGUCCAGAAAGUUAAGCACUCAGCGGCAAAAGAAUUUGGAAAUCUAGAUUGGCACACCAUUGCUCCCAACGAAAUAUAUACUCGACUUUCCACCUCUCCACAACAAGGUCUCUCCACAGAACAGGCAAAGCGACGACUCACAGAAUACGGCAAAAACACACCAUCGCCUCCGCCCACUCACUAUUUCCAGCAAAUAUUUGGAUAUUUCUUCAGAGGUUUCGGGUCGAUCUUGCUUGUGGGUUCCAUCCUCGUCUUCGUAUCAUGGAAGCCUCUCGGCCAGCCGCCGGCCCAGGCAAAUCUGGCACUCGCCAUCGUUUUACUUGCGGUUUUCUUCAUCCAAGCAGCUUUCAAUGCAUGGCAAGACUGGUCGUCCUCUCGAGUUAUGGCAUCCAUCACCACAAUGCUUCCCGAUAGCUGUCUGCUCUUGCGCGAUGGCGCGCCAGUAACCGUCAUUGCUAGUGAUAUCGUUCCUGGAGACUUCCUCUACAUCAAGGCAGGAAACAAGCUUCCGGCUGAUGUCCGUUUUAUUGAUGUAUCCUCGGAUGCGAAGUUAGACCGAUCCAUUCUGACUGGUGAAUCCGCACCACUGCCCGGUACGGUUGACAGCACAGAUGAUAAUUAUCUCGAGACAAGAUGUAUCGGUCUCCAGGGCACCCAUUGUGUCUCCGGAAGUGGCAUUGGAGUUGUUGUCUCUACUGGCGAUUCUACAGUCUUUGGAAAGAUUGCAAAGAUGACCAACGCGCCCAAAACUGGCAUGACUACUCUGGAAAGAGAAGUUCUCAAUUUCGUUAUGAUUAUCUGUUCCAUCAUGUUGACCAUGAUCGUUAUUGUGAUUAUUGUGUGGGCCGCUUAUCUACGAAAAGUGCACCCAACGUGGAUCAAUGUUCCAACCUUGAUCGUUGAUUGUGUAUCAGUUGCCAUUGCUUUUAUUCCAGAAGGCCUUCCCAUCGCACUGACAGCAUCUCUCACCAUUACAGCAAACCUCAUGCGAAAGAACAAGAUUCUCUGUAAGUCAUUGAAGACUGUUGAGACUCUUGGGGCUGUGAGCGUAAUUUGUUCUGACAAGACCGGCACCCUCACCAAGAACAAAAUGUACGUCACGGAUUGCAGUAUUGGCAGGCAUAACAUGGACCCGCAAGGCGCCAGAGAUCAGAUGCACCAACACGGACAGCAAGUUGAAAGUGGAAAGUCCAAUGCUGUCUCCCAACUACGAUUCAUUGCUGGACUUUGCAACUCAGGAGAAUUCGAUGCCGCCACGAUGAAACUUCCUCUCCAUGAGCGAAAGAUCAAUGGCGAUGCUACCGAUCAGGCAAUUCUUCGGUUUUCGGAAUCGCUUGGGCCUGUCUCUGAACUUCGUCAAAUGUGGAAGAAGACAUUUGAACUUGCAUUUAACAGCAAGAAUAAGUAUAUGGUCAGAACUUUAGAGCUUGUUCAAGAGAAGGGUCUCGAGCUUGCUUUACCCUCAAUGGAAGCUAGCUCAUUCCGGCCUCAAGACACUCUUCUCAUGAUCAAAGGGGCACCUGACGUUCUGAUCACUCGAUGCACAAAAUAUACCACCAUUGAAGGUGAAUCGAAGGUUCUUGAUAAUGCCACUCGCUCCAAAAUCGAAGAGAUCAAGAACACUUGGUCCUCUCAAGGCCGACGUGUAAUCUUGCUGGCUCGAAAGACGAUCUGCAAAGAACAAAUCCGAGCAAUGCCAGCCUCUAGCCAAUUUGAAGACGAAGUUCUCCAUCACGCCAGAGAGGGGCUCACUCUUGUUGGCAUUGUUGGUAUCGUCGAUCCUCCUCGUGAUGAGAUUCCAUCUGUGGUCAAAAUCUUGCGCGGAGCAGGCAUUCGAAUCUUCAUGGUCACAGGAGAUUUUGCUUUGACAGCACAAGCUAUUGCAACUGAAUGUGGCAUCAUUACGAACCCACCCCAUCUCGUCAAGGACAUCUCGGCCCUUUCUCGAGACGACGCAUACUCGAUCUCCGAUUCCGAUCCCGAGAAAAAAGCUAUAGAAGCAUCACCCGAUAGGCAGAAAACCUCUAUCGUCUUGAGUGGUCAUGAGAUGAUAACUCUAAAUGAAUACCAGUGGGAACAGCUCUGCAGAUACGAUGAAAUAGUCUUUGCUCGGACAACGCCGGAACAGAAACUCCGCAUUGUUCGCGAAUUCCAGAGCAGAGAUGAAAUCGUCGGUAUGACUGGAGAUGGCGUCAAUGAUGCUCCUUCGCUCAAGGCCGCUGAUAUCGGUAUCGCUCUUGGGAGUGGAUCAGACAUUGCUAUCGAAGCUGCAGAUAUGGUUCUCUUGGAGUCCUUCAGUGCUGUUGUCGAGGCUGUGCAGUACGGCAGAGUCGUCUUCGACAACUUGAAGAAGACGAUCGCAUACCUCCUUCCAGCGGGAUCUUUCUCGGAAUUCUGGCCAGUGUUCACCAAUGUGAUUUUCGGCCUUCCUCAAGUCCUUUCAUCUUUCUUGAUGAUUAUCAUAUGUUGCUUCACCGACUGUGCAGCUGCGACGGUCCUCGCAUAUGAAGCUCCAGAGGCUGAUGUUCUGCUCCGCCGUCCUCGCAAACCAAAGGUUGACAGACUAGUCGACUGGCAAUUGAUGUUGCAAUCUUACGGCUUCAUUGGUGUCAUCGAAACUCUCACAUCUUUUGCUAUGUCUUACUGGUAUCUUCAGCGUUCCGGCAUACCGUUCAACGAUCUUUGGUUCCGUUACGGAAGUCUGCCAGAUACGAUAGACCAAGACUACGCAAAUGCAAGACUCGCGGAAGCAUCCAGUAUCUACUUCGUCAAUCUGGUUGUCAUGCAAUGGUUCAACCUAAUGUGCCUCCGCACCCGCCGUCUCUCCAUUUUCCAACACCCGCCCGCCUUCAACAAAGCCACUCAAAACCUCUACCUCUUCCCGGCCAUUGCAUUCGCGCUCGUAAUGGCGAUCUUCUGGCUAUAUAUCCCGCAAUUGCAGAAUGUGCUUAGUACGAGUAGCGUUCCUGCUGAACAUUUCUUUUUGCCGGCUGCAUUUGGGUUGGGUAUUCUGUUUUUAGAUGAGGGGAGAAAGUAUGCUGUUAGGAGGUGGCCUGAGGGUGUGUUGGCUAGGUGUGCCUGGUAG